AUGAGCGAGGCCAUCAAGUUCAAGAAGACUACCAAGCGUUCCAUACGUAAGAAGCCUACAUCGGAUGGAGAGGAUGUUGAGGAAUCCAACGAUGCUCAAGCUACAGACGACCACAGGCAGAUACUCCAAGACGCUCUAGAGCUACGAGAGUUUCGAAAACGGACUCAAGGAAUGACUGCCGCUGAUUUAAUGAAGGGAGAUCCCAAAACUCAAAAAGUAGUUAAACCAGUCGAACAGCCUGUUGCUGAUCCAUUCAGUGGUGGUUUUGUAGAUCCCACGCUAAUAAAGGCUGAUAAACUUUCUGGACAAUUCACUACUCAGUCGAAUGCUAUGGAUACAGAUGCUCUCAUGCGGGACUAUAUUGAACGAGAGCUGAAAAAGAGAAGAGGAGAUACCAGUGAACAGACGGUCGACGAACCUUCAGCCGACCAUGCACAGGUUGAUCAUGAAGAUGAUUUGUUUCAUAUACCGGAUUACUUACAGUUACCAAAAGCUAAAGUAAAGGAAGGAAACGUAACCCUUUCCACCAGUAUGCUGACAGCCAUACCGGAAAUCGAUUUAGGCAUACAGGCCAAGCUAAAGAAUAUAGAAGAUACAGAAGUAGCAAAGAAACGAGCAGUCGCAGAACGAGAAAAGAACAAAAAUAAGGACCCAAUAGCUUACAUAGGAUCAACACUUGCAGCGGCUGAUAGAUUCUGGAAUGGCAAGACUGGUCCUGAUACUGAUGGUUCUAUAUUUGGUCGUGAUGGAGCACCACCGCAACUGGCUGGUAUAGGCACUUCCAAAGAGGAAGGCAAGAAACGGAAGACGGAAAAGGGUGGUUCAAAAGCUACAGAUGAUCAAACUAUGGAACGAUUUAAAAAGAGAUCUCGACGAUGA